ACACACAGGAUGUGGAAGAAGAAUGGCGGUUGCCGGAAGUAGCUUUGUUGCGUCUUUAUACUUACUUCUUUUCGACCAACACUGCCGACAUUAACGGCUCACCUUUAUGGAAUUAAAACAUUACUUUUGUACAGGUGAGCGUUCUACAGGUUAAACUCAAUAAUCACUCAUCAUCUCUUUACACUUGAUACUUUUGUAGCCUUCAAAUUUAGAGCGGACGACAGCUGAUUUAGACUUGAUACUUUUGUAGCCUUCAAAUUAAGAGCGGAAGUCAUCUGAUUUAGACUUGAUACUUUUGUAGCCUUCAAAUUAAGAGCGGAAGUCAGCUGAGUCAUGGCGCGCAGCCUGCACGUCAGCUGCCUUUCCUUCCGCCAGCCUUUCGCGGGGUUCCUUCUGGACGGAAAAAAGACGCUGGAAAGCCGCUGGAGGCCGCUGCUCGCUCCGCUGGAGGGCGCCACCAUGGCGGUCCACGUCGCCUGGCGGGACUGGGACAGCGAGGAGUGGCGGGAGGUUCUGGGCGGUCCGAUGGGGAUGGACCAAGACCACAUCCACACGCUGCUGGAGUCCGGAGAGAGGUUCGGCCGUGGCGUGGUGGCAGGAUUGCUGGAUGUGGGCAGGACCUGGCAGUGCCCCGCCUCCCUGCAGGGGGAGGAGCUACAACAGCUGGAGCAAGCAGCCCUUUUGAUUGGCCUGCAGGGGAAACACCUGACUCACCUGACCAACCCCCGAUGGUUGAAGGCGCCACUGACUUCCCGAGGUGGUCGCGACCUCUGGACGGUGGAGAUCCCGGCGCACUUGUUGCCGUGGCAACUGUUAUUAGCCUCAGCUAAUUAGCAUAGGGUUUUGUUGACGUGACGACGUGGCAAUUGUUAACCUUAGCUAAUCACACAGAGUCAGCUAAUUAGCAUGACCUUUGUUGCCGUGACGACAGUUAUUGGAGACAACUAAUUAGCAUAGCCUGCUAGCAUGUUUAUUCCAUGAAAAGAAGACUUUGUGCUGGUGACAAACUUUAUUAACCCUCAACAACAACACCGUGGUGACGUAACAUAAACUUCCCUUUAACAGGGACUGGCCACGCCCCUCUUUCUGAUUGGCUGGCUCAAACUGAAGGACAACCUCCAUUAAAUAAACUUGCAAACAAACUUAUCCUUUAAACGUUAGCAUUCGAGCUAAAGGCGGUCACACAGCAGGG